CAGGCAACUGCUUUCGUCCGCCAUAAUCGUUUGCGAAAUUUGUUAUCAAACAGCAGGCGAGGAAAUUUGUGUUUAGUUUUGUAGUGAAUAAUGGCUAUCGUAGAAGACGAAGUGAGAAAUGAAUCGGAAGAAGAGAAUGAAAUAGGUGUGAUUUUGGCGGAAGAGGAAGCCGAUGCAGGAGACGACCCGGAUGAUUCCGAUAUCGAAUUGGAGGAGGAAGAAGAAGAUGACGAUGAAGAAUUAAUUUUAGAAAAGAGGGUGUUACGAUUGGAGAGCUGUAUUGCGAAGAAUCCAAAUAACUACCUUGACCAUGUGGAUCUCAUUCAGACUUUGUGGGGUCUAUCAUCUCUGGAGCGUUGGCGAGUGGCGUUUGAUAGGCUGCAACAGUUGACGAAGAUGAAGGCCGAACACUGGCUGAUGCGGCUGCAGACCGAGGUGUCUCUCGCACACAACGAUGAGGCCCGCGAACGCGUCGCCAAACUGUUCCAGGAUGCUGCUAUAGAUUGCUACUCCAUCCCGAUUCUGAGUGAGUGGUGUUCCUGGGCGCUGACUGUGGAGCCGGCUGACAAGGCGCGCGAGCAGUUGGAAGAAGUUUUAAGACGCGCUGGUGCUGACCCCUUCUCUGGGAAGAUCUUCUGGGACGCCAAGUUCGAGCUGGAGAAAAAUCAGUUGGAAAAUUUGAGUGAGGAAGACACAGAAUACAAGGCGCAGAAGGAGCGAGUGCUCUGGUGCCUGGAGGAGACGGUGUCCAGACCUCUUCUAAGAGGGGAGGAGGCACUACAGCAGAUGGAGGAGAUAGCACUCUCCUUGCACAGCCAAGAUUAUGUAGAUAAGGUGAAGAAGCAACACGAAUAUGCAGUGGAAUUCCUUCACAGAAUAUCUCCGUUCGAAGAUCAGUUGCUGACUCUAGACUCUCCAAAGGACAAAUUGAAAGUGUACUUGGACUACAUAAAAACUUUGAAAAAACUAGCUUUGAACAAGAGAUAUGCCGAGUGUGACACCAGUGGGAUACUGAGGGUGGUGUACGACCGCGCGAGCACGGAGUGCGGGUCGGAAGGCCCCCAGUUGUACAGCAUGUUCGCGUCGCACGUGCGGGCGCGCUCGUCCCGCGCCACGUACGCGCGCGUGCUGGGCUCGCUGCGCCGCCGCGCGCCUACACGGGCGCUGCCCUGGGAACUCACCAUGCAACAGGCAGAGAAGGAUGGAGAGAGCUUCGAACAGAUAAAGACUAUAUUCGAGACGGCUCUAGCGCGAGGGAUGGAGUCGUUCAGUCAGAGCGAGGAGUUAUGGUUGAGUUACCUAGAAUAUUUACGCCGCAUCUCCGAUUUUAACAAUGAAAAGGAUGUAGACAGACUGCGGAGAACAUUUAGACUCGCUUGGGAUACGUUGGCGGAGACGUAUAACGAAGAAGCGGAUGAUAGCGAGGUUCCUAUAUUUUGGGCACGAAUUGAAUACAGAUUGCUGAACGAUCCAAAGCAAGGCCGAAUGAUCUUUGAAGAAAUACUCAGUUUGCCUAUUAAAGAAAACCCUCUAAAAACAGAUAUUGGUGAUAACAAAACUAUAUCGAAGUUCUGGGAGGUGCUGUUGGCAUUGGAAUUUGAUAGGAAACCGCGCCCUUCGGACCAAAAACUAAGGGAUUUAAUGAAACGGGCCCUGAAAGACGUGAGGGACUUCCCGCCCGUUAUCAUAAGGAUGUGGACCGCGUUUGAGAGAGAUUAUGGAACUAUUGAGACUUUGCAAGAGUGCAAAGAAAUUUGUCAGACAAGACUCAGGGAUUGGCACGGAACUUAUGAGGCGAUGAGAAAAAAAAUGCUCGGCAAAAAGAGUCAGGAUGGAAACCCAAAAGCAUCGAAGAAACCGAUGAUUGAGAAAUUACUUAAAGGGGGUCAACAGAAAGGUAAAAGGAAGUCGGAUGGGGGGGACGGUGGGGGUGAGUCGAAACGGAAGAAGGAAGAGAAGAUGGACGUGGAUGAGAAGGAGACUAAAGAAGAUAAUGGAGUGAAGCGGAGUCAUGAGGAGGGAGAUGAGGAAGUUGGGGAGAGUAAGAGACAACGUACAAGCAGCUCGAGCCCGCACCGACUGGGCACGAGGGAUGCCUGCACGCUCUUCAUCAGCAACCUCGAAUUCAAAGUGGACGAACAAAAGCUGCGCGAUAUUCUGUCACAGUACGGAGAUAUCAUCUCGCUUCGGGUGCGGAAGGGAAUCAAAGCGUUCGGCGGCUCCAUCUGCUAUUGUCAGUAUAAGACUCCAGAAGCAGUAGACGAAGCCAUAAAACACGACAGGAUCCCUCUGGACGGGCGGCCGAUGUUCCUGUCCCGGUACUCGGCCAAGAAGUCCAAGCCCGCGUUCAAAUACUCGACGGAGGAGGAGAAGAACAAGUUGUUCGUGAAGAACCUGCCGUUCGCGCACUGCACCAAGGACGCGCUCGCCGACGUCUUCGACAAGUACGGCAAGCUCAAGGAUGUACGGAUCGUGACACACAAGGACGGCAAGCCAAAGGGUCUAGCAUACAUAGAGUAUGAGGACGAGGCGUCGGCUGCUGAGGCUGUGUCCAAGGUGCACGGCAUGAUGCUGGCAGACAGGAAGCUGGACGUGGCGUUCAGCGCGCCCCCGCCGCGGCAGGCCGGCGCCGCGGCCAGCGACGCGCCGGCGCUGGGGCAGGCCAAGCGGGACGCGGGCGGCGGCGGCAUGCGACGAACGCAGCUCAGCAGUUUCAUCCCGAGCGUGCUACAGAAGGCCGCGGCGAGUACAUCGCAGCCGCAGCCGUCCACCAGCGCCGCGUCAACAAACGGUAGCCAUAGCAACGCCGACGACAAGCGACCACUCAGCAACAGCGACUUCAGGACCAUGCUACUCAAAAAGCAAUAAAAAUUACAAGUUAGUCUUUGUAAAUAAUGUCGAAAGUCGCGUGUAAUUACAACAGUGUACUAAGUUUUUAAGAAAGUCGACCUUUCAUCAGAACUUUCAUUAUUGUCGGCCUUAUGUUUCGUUUUUAAGACUUACGCCCGAAUACUGAAAUGCUACUCAAUUUUAAGUUGUACUUAAAUAUCGUGCUAUCUCUGUCAUUUUAUAAAGAAUUGAUAGGGACAGAACUAGUUUUGAGAGCGUCUUAAAAUUGAGUAGCGUUUGAUUAUUCGGAUAUUACGUCUGUAACAGUUGAUUCCUUUAUCAAAACGAUCGAUAUUCUAUCUUGAUUAUUACUCCAUAAUUGCCUAUCUCAUUGAUAUACCUACACAGGUUCUCUGUCAAUUCCUUUGUUUAUUUUUGUUAUAUGCAAGAAAGAGACGGGUAUAUAAUAAGUCGAGUUUAGUAUCUCUCUCUAUUGACUCUUUACGCACACCAAAAUGUAAUUUCUUACAUUGGAUUUAGAACUUUAUCACAAAACUGUAGAGUUAAAAUCUAUUUGACGGAUUGGGCACGGCACAAACGUAGACAGUUUUUGUUAUGGAAACAAUUGGACACACGGAGUGUAAGAUUUCAUACUGGUUCUAUAGAAAUCAAAUAUUCAGAGGUAGCUUGUGGCUUUAGUGCGAGUUUAUUUCAUAUUUAACGUGAUCGACAAGUAUAGACCGCUCAGUGCUCUGAUUGGCCGGCUCCAAUGAACCAACCAAUCACAGAGCUACACGCGGUAACGUUUCAAUCUCGUUAAACGUUAACUAAACUCGUACUAGGCCCUAACUAAAAUUGUCCACGUUUGCGCCCUGCCUUAAGGCAGCUUGAUGCGCCUGCACAUUACUGUAUAAAAUUUGACAAAAUAUCCCAUUGUUUGGCCAGUACGUUAAAUAAGACUAUGGUAUAUGUUCUAUCGAAUAUAAUAUACCUCACUUCAGUACAUAAUAGUAUGGUUAAUGUAUAAUUUUUAUAUGUAUUAUGUAGGAGUGAAUUCUUCAAAUGUGGAUGGGUAUUUUCGUUAUGUGAAUGUUAAAUAUUUUUCUAUUUAAUUUUGAAAUCGAUAAUUCCACUUAGAUAUGAAAUAAAAUUUCGCUAGCAAGUCGUUCAAAGAGAUACUGGGCAUAACAUGUUCUUAUAAUAAUUAAUGACGAUACAAAAAUAAAUAUCAUAACUUAAAAGCCCUUUGGUCGUGAGACAUUACGUUUUUUCUUACAUAAAUACGUUUGGUCUGACGGCCUAAGUUAAAGCGCCAUCUAGAUUUAUUAACAGUAUAAAAUAUUUAUGCUGAUACAUUAUUUAUAAUGAUUCAAUAUCCUGCAUUUUUGACACAAUAGUUUCACUACUUAUGACUUAUAACAUAACUGGUGAUAAAUAGGUGUUACAUUUUAUGUAUUAUUGAAAAUGCCUUUCCUCCCAUUUGAACAAUUCACCCUAUGAUUCUGAUUUAAGCCUCAUCAUAAUUAUAAUUACAUGUAUCUGGUCUUACGACCUGCAAUAAAAAGGGUCGAAAUUCAAUAAUGGUACUUAUUUGAUAAGACUAUGUAUGUAUAUCUAAUAAAAAUAAUUACUAAG